CCGCACAGGGGGCGCCGUCUGCAGUUCUGAGGCGCGAGUUGGAGCGAGAGGGCACGGGUUGAGUUCGGUUCGGUUCUGAGAGAAGGCACGAAGGAAAGAAGGGAGCUAGGCCUUCCCGCCUUCAUUUUCUCCCGGCCCCUCAGGUCCCUUCAGAUACUCCCCGAGGUGGUGGCUGCUGAUUUCCGUGCUUCCCGUGUGGACCUGGCUCGGGCUCUCGUCGGGUUCCCUCAGGGACGCGUUCCGCCGCCUCUUUCCCCUCAUUUCUCGGCGAUGCGGGCCACGGGCGACGGGCCUUCGAGGGCUUCCGAGGCGGGGAAGAAGAAGAAGCAGCCCCAGGCGCAGCCGCCCGGCGAAGGCCAAGGCGAGGGCCAAGGCGACGCCCGCUUCAGCGUCCUCAGCUGGGAGCAGGUGCAGCGCCUGGACCACAUCCUCGAGGAGGCCGUGCCCGUCCACGGGAGGGGGAACUUCCCCACGCUCUCCGUCCCGCCCAGGAGGGUCGUCCAGGUGGUCCGUAGCCGUUUGGAAAAGCAUGGCAUCACAGUCCACAAUGUGAGGUUGAAUGGCUCAGCAGCAAGCCACGUGCUGCAUCAGGACAGUGGUCUGGGCUAUAAAGACCUGGAUCUCAUCUUUGGAGUCGACCUAAAAAGCGAGGAUGUCUUCCAGCUGGUGAAAGAUGUUGUGAUGGACUGUCUCUUGGACUUCCUCCCAGAAGGGGUAAACAAAGAUAAGAUCACUCCCAUGACUCUAAAGGAGGCCUAUGUGCAGAAACUAGUGAAAGUGUGCAAUGAAACAGAUCGCUGGAGCCUUAUAUCACUGUCUAACAACAGCGGGAAGAAUGUGGAACUCAAAUUUGUAGACUCUCUCCGACGUCAGUUUGAGUUCAGCGUAGAUUCCUUCCAGAUAAUACUGGACUCGCUGUUGCUUUUUGGGGAGUGUUCUGAAAACCCAAUGUCUGCAAACUUCCACCCAACUGUCACUGGGGAGAGCAUGUAUGGGGACUUUGAGGAGGCGAUGGACCACCUGAGAAACCGGAUCAUUGCCACUAGGAAUCCAGAGGAAAUCAGAGGCGGAGGACUUUUGAAGUACUGCAACCUUCUCGUGAGAGGAUUUAAGCCCAAAUCUGAAGUUGACAUGAAGGCACUACAGAGAUACAUGUGUUCCAGGUUUUUUAUAGACUUUCCUGACAUAGGGGAGCAGCAGAGGAAGCUAGAGUCUUACCUCCAGAGCCACUUUGUUGGAAUGGAGAGUAAAAGGUAUGAUUGCCUGAUGACCCUUCACAGAGUGGUGAAUGAAAGUACGGUGUGCCUGAUGGGACAUGAAAGGAGGCAGACGUUAAACCUCAUUGCCAUGUUGGCUGUGAGGGUCCUGGCUGAGCAGAACAUAAUCCCAACGGUCACAAAUGUCACGUGCUAUUAUCAGCCAGCGCCGUAUGUCAGUGAAAUCAAUGUCAACUACUAUGUCACCCACAUGCAGCCUCUCCUGCCUUGCAGUCACUCCUACCCAACCUGGCUCCCCUGCAACUGAGCACUGAAGUGGUGCCAGUCCUUGUCACAUGGGGAGCAGAGGUUGCGUGCUCUGAAGAAAAAAAGAAUGGUCCUCUUGCUCCUGCAUUGGAACUAAGUCUGCUGUAUAUUGUGGGGCAAUUGUGCAGUGUUAUGAGUAGCUAUCAGAAAUGUUUACAAUAAAAAAAAUGCUUGAGUUAUGUAUGGGGUGGGUGGAUAGGAUUAGAUUUAAAGGUAGAGCUGCACUACCUGAAAUGCAAGCUGAUUUUUUUUCUCCUUUUAGUACAAGAAGCAUUAAUGGUUGUGCAGACUCAGUUUCAGAAGAUAAGCCAAAGCGGCUGAUUCCUUUUAAGGGACCAAAGAAAUCCUAUUCAAGUGCCUGUUAACCUUUGAUUUUUUUUCUGUAGGGAGAGAGUUCCCUAUUAGUGGUUCAAUUGGGGAUGUCUACCAUUAAUUUGGGGGUUAGGGUCACUGAAUCAUUUCUCAAAAAGGAAAAGGACAUGGGCAAGGGUUUGCAAGAGCAGCCCCUGCACCGUGGUUUUCUAUCUGAUGGACCAGCAGUAUUGAUGAAUAGCCAGAGCAGAGCCAGGAAUAAAGGGGGUUGGGUCUAUACUAGCAUUUGGAGAAAUUAUGUUUUUGGACUACAACUCCCAGACAUCCCCCCCCCCAAGCCAGCAUGGCUAUUGGCUCUGUUCACUUUGGAAACCUGGAAGUUGUAGUCAAACAAUAACUUUUCUAAGCUGUGGUUCAUAAUAAGAGAUGUUUUGACAGGAUGGAUGUUGCACCUUAUUGUGAGAAAGAAAAGGAACAAGGACCUGUCCCCAUAGUACUACUCGAAUAAAUGUGCAGUGCCAAAAAACCUAAGAGGUGAAUUUGUGAUGAAAAGGAUUUGCAUCAGUGCACUCUUUCAAUUGGGAGAGGGCAGUAAGGAGAGUUUGUUGUGAUUUGAAAUAAAGUGUCUAGUACCAGCUAGCAGCAGGCUAAAAUGAACUGGGCCUGAAACAUGGUCGGAUGUGGGCAGGCCAGCGCAUUCUUGGUAGCAGCUGUAGAGCUGCGAUUGCAAGAAUCCCAGGCCUAUUAAUGGAAACAAUUGCAGCCUCUCUAGUAUGAUUUUCAGUCUUGAGAGCUGCUCGUCUGUUCUUUUCAGUUGCCUGUGUCCACCUGCUCCUCUCCAUGUCAGAGUAAGAAUGGAUAUCAUUGCCUAGCAAUAGGCCUUUUGUUAAAUUAAUGAUGUGCCCUAAAGUUUGGUCUUUUCUGCAGUGAGAGAGGGAGAGAGAGAGAGCUGUUUAAAGCCAGUUAUCUGUGUCCAGGAGACUAUUAGUGUCUUGUACAAAUACAUAUGCUUUUGAAGUAAUUAUACAGCACAAUACUCCCUUUUUCUUUUCCUGAUGUUUUGGAUUGCAUUGCAAUUCUUUGUACAAUGUGUCAGUUCAGGUUAGUUCUUUAUGCUUUUUUUUCUUUUUUUAGAAAGCUGAGGCAAUGAACACUGUAGCUUUUGGGCAGGCCUGCUCUUGAAAGAGCUAUAUGAAGAAUGGCUUCAUGGUUGUAUCCUUGAAGGUCUUAUCUUGUUUCUUUGCAAUAAAGCUGUACCGUAUUGGGGCAGGCUGAAAAAAAACUGAAAUAAAAAAUCAUACUUGGA